AUAUAAACAAAGUAUGAAAAAUGUGAUUGUGAUAUGAAAGCGAUAAAUUCAGAAUCUGCCUUAGGAUGUUUAUGAACAUAUCAAACAGUCUGUCUGGAAAGAGAAGGAAAUGAAAUGUUUCACGGUCAUUAUUUUCGAAGAUAUGUAGUCAAAAUAAUAUCAAAGAAGUAUUGUAAAAAUCAGGCUUUUUUAUAUAAAAAUAUUUUUUAAAUAUUCGAAUUAUUUGAUUAAUUAAUUCAUAUUGAAUUUUAUUUCAACAAUGUUUUCUUUUGCAAGAUUUUGUUUGUUUUCAUUAAAAUCUCCUAGGCUAACUAUAAAAGUGAGUCAACAAGCAAAAAUGAUAUCAUCUUUAAAAACACCCUUGGAUUUUAUUGUGCAUCCUAGUGAGAUGCCAUUAGAGUCAAAAGCAUAUGAAUUUUGCAAACAAUAUGUUCUGUUAUCAGCUGACCAAAAAUUAGAUGUUUUAAAAGAAAUGUCUGUGAAAUACAAUUUUGACCAAAGUGCUACAGGCAAAGCAGCUGAAUCAUACAUCACUUCUCAGAAUAAAGGAACUGGUGUUAUUUUAAAAGCUGCAGACAGAUUAAAAUCAUCUCUCAAUCCAAGUUAUGCAUAUGCAUUCAAUCGUAUAAGAAAACUUGAUGGUGGAGUAAAAUUUAUAGUUGAUGUCCGUGCAGAUAUUUUGAAAAUGUUGCCAUCUUUGGAUUUCAAUGAUGAAGCAACACAUCAUUUGAAAACUCUUAACAAUUAUGUAAAGGAGAUAUUGUCAUUUUCUUUUAAUGUUGGAUUCAUGAAAUUGGAAAGGAUUACAUGGGAUUCAUCAUGCUACAUGCUGGAAAAAAUUUCACAAUAUGAAGCUGUUCACCCAGUUAGAAGUUGGACUGACAUAAAGCAACGUGUUGGACCCUACAGGAGGUGCUAUGUUUUUACUCACAGCUGCAUGCCUAGAGAACCCAUAGUAGUUUUGCAUACAGCAUUAACAAGUGAGAUAUCCUCCAGCAUUGCAUCCAUUGUGAGACAAACCAAAGCACGUUCAAGUUCCGAGGAUUCCACUGUAAAAUUUCAGAAUGACAUUGAAAAUCCUAAAGAAAUCAAAGCUGCCAUUUUCUAUUCCAUAACUUCUACCCAAAAAGGUCUGCAUGGAAUUGAAUUGGGAAAUCAACUGAUUAAAAAAGUAGUGAAAGAAGUUCUUGCCGAGUUUCCUCAUAUUACUCAGUUGUCAUCACUUUCUCCUAUCCCUGGUUUCCGUGAUUGGUUUUUAAUGGAAAUUAAAAAGAUGAGAGGAGGAAGCUCUGUAAUCUCUUCAUUCUUUUCUGAGAAAGAUCAGUCUGUUUUGAAAAAUGUUUUCUCAGCUGCAGAUCAGCAAAGUUUGUGGAGCAGCCUUCAAAGUCUUGUUGCAUCAAACCAGUGGAUACAUAAUGAAGACUUGAAAGAAUUGUUGAAAACUCCUCUGAUGAAAAUUUGCGCCCACUACUUGUAUUCUGAAAAGAGAAGGUCCAAUGCUCUGAAUAGUGUUGCCCAUUUUCAUCUCAGAAAUGGAGCAGUUAUGUGGCGCUUGAAUUGGUUGGCAGAUCUCUCACCACGUGGUUUGGACAACUCUUGUGGCAUGAUGGUUAAUUACAGGUACUAUUUGGAUGAAACAGAAUUCAAUAGCAAGAAUUAUGUUGAAAAUUAUAUAGUUACUGCAUCUGAUGAUUUUAAGAAUCUCUUGAUUCCAGCACUCAGUAAAUCAUCCCUCUAAUAAUGGUAAAGUUGAAAGGCUUUGGAAAUCUUUCUAAAACAGGAAACUUGAAAGAUCUACUUUUUUCUUUUAUCUCUAUAUCUUAUUGUUUACUUGCACAAAAAUUGAGAAAUGAAAAUACUCCAGAUAAGAAAAUUAUAACGCAAACAUAAUUAAAACUUUCUUGUUAUGAUUUGUAUUUUUGUAAAUAUGUGCAUUUUAAACACUGUUAUUUUUACUUACAAAGUAUAUUUUAUGCUAAUUAAGUGCAAUCUUUUCAGAAGGAAAUAUUACAUUAUGGCUUUGGAGAAAAUGUAUACAUUUUUAUAUUCAAUUUAUUUUUUACAAUUUUUUUUAUAUAAUACAGUGUCAUUAAGCCAGGAGAAAUGGUUUUUGCUCUAAGAGCAUGUUUACAGUAGAGUUAUUAAUUAUCAUCUUGAAUCCCAUGAAAUAAGAUAUGCUUCCAUUACCAGUACCCAUAUAUUUGGGAGAGAAAAAUAUAAAUUAUUAAAAAUGCCCAAGAAAAUAUUUUCUAAACUAUGUUUCAAACAAAGGAUUUCCUUCAUAAGUAAAUUUGUUGAGAGAAGCAGAUGAUUAUUUUAUUGAAUUUAUUUACAAAGAAAAGUUAUGUUUUUUCUCCCCUUCUCUUUUACCAGUUAACAUAGUAUAUAUCUGUGAUGUUCUAGUAUCUGGAUUUUUGGCACUGUACAUUGUAUGUAAUUUCUAAAUAAAUCAUCUAUAAUUUCUAUAUAAAUG